AUGGCGCGACGGAUCGACAGCGUGCCAAACAUCGCGGAGACGCUCGGGGAGAGCUCGAUGUCGCGCGUGCUCCCGACGCACCCGAUCGCGCGGCGGAGGACGGCGACGGGCGCGGAGGACGGCCGCGCGAGCGCGGGCGCGGAGGCGAGCGAGGAACCGCCCUCGAGCAGUGGGGUGAGACGGACGCGCACCGAGCCCGUCGACGACGCCGACGGCGACGGCGUCGGCGGCGGCGGCGGCGACGACGGCGGCGGCGGCGACGACGGCGGAGGCGGAGGCGGCGACGACGACGACUACCCCUUCUCGUCGCCGCCGUCGCCGUCGUCGGCGCGCGCGAGCGAGGACGAGCGCGGAGUCGUCGACGAGCUUCCCGCGCUCCGGUCGUUCGCGCGGCUGCUUCGAGUCGUCUGCGUCGUCCCCUCGCGCCUCCCUCUCUCCGAGCGCGACGCCGACGCCGCCGCCGCGUUCGCCGCGAGCGCGCGGCGCGCGCGCGCGACCGAGGCCGAGGGCAUCGUCGAGCUCGCGCCGCUCCUGUCGACGGCGACGCCGCCGGGGGCGUCCCCGCGCCGCCGACGCCGACGCCGCGCCGCCCGCGCCCUCGCCGACGUCUUCUGCGUCCUCGCGACGAUGCUCCUCGGCCUCGUCGCGCCGCUGUAUCGCGCGCGAUAUGAGGUCGUUAACGCCCCGGACGCGGCCGUUACCCGCCUCGACGCGAAAGCGUUCGCGUUCCUGUGCAUGCACUUCUACGUGUGCUGGUAUUCGCUGCAGGUGAGGUACUGCGCGAGGUUCUCGCUCGCGGACGUGUUGUUCAUGCGCGCCGCGGGGAGCGGCGCGUGCCCGGCGCGGCACAGGAAACGGUACGACGACGCGCCGUCCACACGUUUUGCCACGCCAUCUCCACGUCACCGCCACGUCAUAUCCACCGUCCACGACGCGUACGUCGGGAUCGUGAAGCGGCAGUCGUGGCGCGAGCUCCUCCGUCUGCUCCUUCCGUUCGUCGUGUUAAAACUCGCGGCUACCGCGUACGUGCACGUCGGCGGCGGCGCGCGAAAAGAGACCGUAUCGUACGCCAUCCCGGGGUGGUGGCGGCGGCGGCGGCGCGGCGGCGGCGACGCGGCGUCGUUGACGGGGGUGGGGAAAGCCGUCGCCGUGAGCGUCGGGUUCGUCAGCGAGAGUUACAUGGCCGCGGUGUUUCUCACGACGUGCGUUCUGUUUCGUCUCACGUGCGCGCUCGUGCUCUUGAAACUCAACGCGUUCCUGGUCAUGAUGCGCGGGACCGACGACGACGACGACGAGGCGGCGGCGGCGCCCGCGGCGACGGACGACGACGACGACGACGACGACGACGACGCGGACUCGCUUCGGUCGACGGGCGCACCGCGACGGGAGCGCGACGAGACGUCGCGCGCGACGACGACGACGACGACGGCGGCGGCGACGGCGACGACGACGACGCGGUCGAACCAUCGCGCGGUGAUGAGCGAACACCUCAACCUCCGCUUCGUCUUGAACGCGCUCGGGAAACGUUUCAGGUUAUUCCUCGUCCUCACGUUGCUUCUCACGCUCAUCGAGACCGUCGUGUCGCUGUACGAGCUCGUGCUCGACUUCGCCGUCGCCGCGAAGAGAUCAAGCGGCGGCGGCGGCGUCUCCGGCGUUAUCGCCGUCCUCGCGCGCGCGGACCUCCUCCUGAACAACGCUCUGCAUCUCGCGGGCAUCGGGAUGAACGUCCGCGCGGCGACGUUGAUCACGCACCGGUUACAACGCGUCGUCGGGCAUUUCUCGCAGCAGCACGCGGCGUACACGAUGUUGGACUCGGACGACGACGACGACGAUGGCGGCGACGACGAGGGAGGCGGCGGCGGCGACGACGACGUCGAGAAUUCGCGCCGCCGCCGCCGCCGCUCGAGCGCUCGCCGCAGGGUCGACGCGUUCAUCGAGCGCGACGCGGUGCUGGGACAUUUCAGGGACCGACCGCUCGGGAUAUCCAUCUACGGCUUCUUCGUGGAUCGGUACACGAUUCGGACGCUGGACGGCGUCGUGUUCGGUUCCGUGAUUUUCAUCGUGAGCCGCGCGCUCAUGGACGCCGCGCGCGCGGACGGGGAGUGA